GGAGAAAGGACGUCGGAGUUGUUGAAGGAGAGUGCAGCCGGAGCUCAGGGGCUGCUUGUGCUGUCUUUUCAGUAGAACGACCUGCUAUGGUAGAAGAUGUAAUUGCAUUCGAUUUGACCUCCCAAUGUAUCACAGCACUGGUUGGUUUUUUUGAGCUGCAGCAGAGGAGGAUCUCAACUGACUGUUCCCAAUGCCACCCCCAUCAGACAUUGUGAAGGUGGCGAUUGAAUGGCCAGGAGCUAAUGCCCAGCUGAUUGAAAUAGACCAGAAAAAGCCACUGAUUGCAAUUAUCAGAGAGGUUUGCGAUGGGUGGUCCUUGCCCAACCCAGAACACUACACACUGCGUUAUGCUGAUGGGACUCAGCUGUACAUCACUGAGAAGACUCGCAAUGAGAUCAAAAAUGGGACCAUUCUGCGGCUGGCUAUCUCUCCGAAUCGAGCAGCCCGACAGCUGCUGGAGAGGAUCCAGUCCUCGUGCCUAGACUCGCGGCUCGAUGCCCUGAAGGAACUGGCCAAGCUCUCAGCUGAUGCCACCUUUGCCACUGAAUUUAUCAACAUGGAAGGGAUUUUUAUCCUGAUGUUGCUGGUGGAGAGUGGAACCAACAACUUGCUGGAUAAAUUCAGUUUUGGGGAAAUGCUGGCCUUCACGCUGACGGCCUUCCUGGAGCUCAUGGACCAUGGCAUCAUCUCCUGGGAUCUGAUCUCCACUGCUUUCAUCAAACAGAUUGCAAGCUAUGUUAACCAAACAACAGUGGAUGCCUCCAUCUUGCAGAGGUCGCUGGCAAUUCUGGAGAGCAUGGUGCUGAACAGUCAGAGCCUGUACAAAAAAGUGGCUGAAGAAAUCACUGUCGGACAGCUGAUUGCUCACCUUCAGGUAUCGAACCAGGAGAUCCAGACAUAUGCAAUUGCACUGAUCAAUGCUCUAUUCUUGAAGGCACCAGAGGACCGAAGGCAGUCUGUUCUUCCCUCCUCAGAAGGGGAGGACUCUGAUCUCGAGCUACCUUUGACAGAAAUGUCCAACGUCCUGGCACAGAAGCAACUGCGGUCCAUAAUACUAAAUCAUAUCAUUCGAGGAAAUCGUCCAAUAAAAACAGAAAUGGCCCAUCAGCUUUACGUCCUUCAAGUUUUAACCUUCAAUCUGCUGGAGGAGCGAAUGAUGACCAAAAUGGACCCUCAGGAUCAGUCACAAAGGGAUAUCAUUUUUGAACUUCGAAAAAUUGCUUUUGAUGCUGAAUACGACCCAAACAGCAGUAGCAGCCUUGAGAAGCGCAAAGCCAUGUACACGAGAGAUUAUAAAAUGCUGGGGUUCAUGAAUCAUGUCAAUCCAGCCAUGGAUUUUACCCAGACUCCUCCUGGAAUGCUGGCACUGGACAACAUGCUGUACCUGGCAAAGGUUCAUCAGGACAUGUACAUCAGGAUAGUCCUGGAAAACAGCAGUCGGGAGGACAAACAUGAAUGUCCUUUUGGACGCAGCAGCAUCGAGCUAACCAAGAUGAUGUGUGAAAUCCUACAAGUUGGAGAGCUGCCUAAUGAAGGCUGCAAUGAGUACCACCCGAUGUUUUUCACCCACGACCGAGCUUUCGAAGAGUUCUUCUGCCUCUGCAUUCAGCUACUGAACAAAACGUGGAAGGAAAUGAGAGCAACAUCAGAAGACUUUAACAAGGUGAUGCAGGUGGUACGUGAGCAGAUAACAAGGUCCCUAGGCACAAAGCCAAACUCUCUGGAUCAGUUUAAGAAUAAAGUCCGCUGCAUGAGUUACUCUGAGAUCCUGAGGCUACGUCAGUCUGAGAGAAUGAGCCAGGAUGACUUCCAGUCUCCACCAAUCAUUGAGCUGCGGGAGAAAAUUCAGCCCGAGGUGAUGGAGCUCAUCAAACAGCAGCGUCUGAAUCGACUUUGCGAGGGCACUAGUUUCCGUAAAAUUAGCAAUCGCAGGCGGCAAGAUAAGUUCUGGUAUUGUCGACUAUCUCUCAAUCAUAAAGUUUUACAUUAUGGAGAUCUGGAUGAGAGCCCACAAGGUGAAGUGGCCUUUGAGUCACUGCAGGAAAAAAUUCCUGUUGCAGAUAUCAAAGCUGUGGUAACAGGGAAAGAUUGUCCCCAUAUGAGAGAGAAGAGUGCCCUAAAACAAAAUAAGGAAGUCCAAGAGUUGGCUUUCUCAAUCCUACACGAUCCUGAUGAGGCUCUAAACUUUAUUGCUCCAAACAAAUAUGAGUACUGUAUCUGGACUGAUGGACUAAAUGCCCUCCUGGGGAAAGAAAUGACCAGUGAACUGACCAAGAAUGAUCUGGAUACUCUGCUGAGUAUGGAACUUAAACUUCGGCUGUUGGACCUGGAGAACAUACAGAUUCCAGAGGCACCUCCUCCCAUCCCCAAAGAGCCCAGCAGCUAUGACUUUGUGUAUCACUAUGGCUGAACAGCAGUAUGUCCAGCACCUGGCAAGCACAAAAGACAAUUAAUAAAACAUAACACCCAAUGAAUAAUGCCCUAUUUGACCAGCUGUUAGAGAGAUCUCCCUUUGUUAAGAAACACGCAAAGUCCUAUAAUCUGUGGUAAGGCAGCAUAACAAGAAGCAGAGGGACAAACGUGUGUUUCUGUUCUGUACUAAGGUCUCGGACAGAACACUAGUCCCUUUUUAAAAAAGAGUUCUAUGCUUAAUAUUUUUGACAGGUUUAAGAAGUUGGUGAUUAAUGUGAUUUAGUACAGUGAAGUUUGUAUGUUGGUUAAUGUUCUAUCAGGCUAACUAGAUUUUUCACUGUAUUUAGACAAUCCUCCAUCAAAUGUUAUUCUACCUUUUUGAUCCUGUUUGUAUAUUUAAUACUGUACACAAAGCUAAUUUACAAAGAGAGCCUUGUGCACUUUCUGUUACUUGGGAGUGUCUUCAAGAUUAUUGUCUGAGGAUACCUUCUACUGUUUGACAGCUCUCACUUUUAAGGGACACCAACCAACUUUAUUUUUCUUUCCUUAGUCAAGAUUCACCCUGCUCCAUCACCAUUGGGUUUCCAGUUGUGAAGGGAGAUGCAAAGACAACUGGAAAUGCUGGUGUACAGAUGAUAGGGAAUAGGGUCAUGAGCAGCCAUUAACCUGCUCUAUGAUCCAAUGUUGUUCAUACUCUGUUCAAGCUUUGAUUUUUCUCUUUUAAUGUGAUUUAUGAUGCAGAUAGAUUAGAGCCAUGCAUAUCCCAAGGCCCGAUAAUUUUUAUAGUCCAGGAGCACAUGUUACGCAUGUGCUAAUAAUGAAGGUUGUACAGUACUAGACACAUUUAAGACCAUUUGAACUUUAGGAAAGAUGAUCUGUCUCAUCACCACUCCCCAUCUUUGGCUUGGCUCCUACUUUUGAUCUGGGACCUUGGCAGGGGAAUUGAAUAGGUAUUUGAACGGAUUAGAUUAAAGACACUGAAAGAACUCAUUUUGUGUUGGCAAAGUAUAUGAAUGAAUUUGACUAGAUUACUUGAAUAAUAGGCAAACAUACAGAUUUAAACAUAAUUAAAAUUAUCACUGAAUUAAACCAAUAAGUUAAUAAAGAUUCUUUGCUUUAGAUAGCUUCAAUGUUAUUGUAUCUAAGAUGACCAUUAAUCCAUAGUUAUAGAUACUCCUCUCAUCAGAAGUAUUUUUAAUCUUAAAGUAAUAUUAUCACUGUAGGGAGACUUGCUGCUUACAAUGGCAAACCUGUGUUUUUAUUGUAACCAGAAAAAGAGAUUUCCAGACUGGAAACAACUUUAUGGUUGGUCUCUUUGCUGCACCCAGGUUAACUGACAGAUUUGAAAUUACUUACUCCACUUAAUUAUGGGAUGCAGGAAGACAGACUAACUGAAGAGAAUGUGGUAACUGAAACCACUUCAGAAUGUUGUAUUGUUCUUUAAGCUGACUGGUUUUCACUUUGAGAUGGUAAUUGACGCUCUAGGGAAACUGAUGAGUUGUAAAGUAUUAAGAGCAAUCCACGCAGCUUCAUACUGUAUCUUUACUUCUAAUGUAUGAUUGUCUAAAUUUGAAAAUGUGGUGCUUCAGAUUUAUAGUCUGGCGAUCUGUAGUUAAGCAGACUGCUAUAAGUUUUAAAGGCAAUUUAUAAUUGACAGUUCUUAUUACAUUGAGUAAAUUGUUUUUAUCUUCACAAUUAUAGGCUAGUUUGGGACUAGUUCAAAAGCUUAACAAACUAUUAUUUCUGCUCAUACAUACUGCACUGUUAGUCUGUUUGGCAAAGAGGUAGCAUGCACAGUAACCAUGUGGGCCAUCAAACUAAGCUGUAUCCAACAUAAUUUAAAUGGCACAUUAUAAAGAGGCUCUAAUUUUAAAAAAAACAGAAAAUUGUACCUAAAAUCUGUUGAUCUCAGUACUGGAGAUUUGGGCAGUAACUUUUUAUGGGUGAUGAUAAUCUGUACCACCUAAUAUUCUAACUAUAAUAUGAAGGGGAAAAAGUGAAAAUACAAUACAGUAAGAAAAUACAAUAAGAAAAUUACUACAAAUCUACUGCCAGAUUAUUUCAGUUUGAAAUCUUGUACUGCUCUUGUCCAUAAUAUAUGAGCAAAAUAGUGCACCCUCUAUACCUUUUGCCUCAUCAAAUGUGUGCUUUAUUCUGGUGGGGAUACAGAGAAAGUAACACGAAUUAUGUUUGCCCCAAUGUUUAGCCAUUAAGGUGAAAAGAAUACAUUGUUCUAAAUUCUUGCUUUUAAAGAAAUAUGCCACCAUUUUUUAAAAUGGAAUUUGCCACUUCUCCCACAAACCCUGCUGUUGAAGAUGUGGCUGAAUGCACAUGUGCACUUCAAGGCAUUUUUUGAGCUGAAACAAGCUUACUGAAGGCCACUUUACCCUGAUGAGGUAGAAAUCUUAGAGAACCUGUUAAAAAUGUAAGGGAUUUCCAGUAGAUAUCAGUGAGCAUCAUUUUCUUAAUUAAGUUCAGCUCUCCAUUGGCAGAUGGUGAAAAGGCUGAAACUUUAAACUCAAGUUUAAUGCCAGCAAAAACAUUUAACAUUUGUAACAAUCUCACAUGAGUGAGAGGUACAAUGUGUGAAACUUUUUAAUAGCAUUUUGGGAGAAUAUUUGUCUAUUAUACUGUUUAUUGAUCAGUGUUAUGAUAGCUGUUUAAAAAAAAUGAAAUGGAAACAUUUACACUGAAAAAUAUGCUAUAAUGAGUCUUCAUUUUUUUGUACAGAAAAAAUUGGUAACUAACAGCAUGUGCACUGAGCCGGUGAUGUUGGAAUACUACUGCACAGACUUAUUAACAUGUGUUCCA